AUGUGGGCGCUGAUCCUGCUCGCGACGUCGUCGUCGUCGGCGACGGCGGCGGCGGCGCGCCCCGUCGUGCUCGCGGACGGCAAGAGUGGUUUCAGCUACAGCUUCACCUCCGUCUCCCCGCUGCCGGCCGACUCACCGCUGGCCAAGUCGCUGUUGGCGGCGCUGCAGGCCAAGUCGGCCGUACUCGGGUCCAAGACUCCCGUUGCUGAGAUAACAAACUCGCUGGACGUGCCGGCGAGCGGGGUCGACGUCUCCGCGGCGGCGCACCUGGUGCCGGUCGCCGUCACGGCCCAGUUCCACGCCCAGGAUGGCCGCGGCGGGUACCGGUUCGGCUACACGGGUCCGGAUUCGGCCCGCGUCGAGCAGCGCAGCGCCGGCGGCGUGGUGCAGGGCUGGUACAGUUACCGUGACGCUGAUGGCACCCCGCAGAAGGUGGACUACGUCGCCGACCGCAACGGCUAUCGCGUGGCCUUCAGUCUGUUGCCGGUGCGUGUGGCCGCCGGUCUCUGA